GUUAUCCCAUUUGUCCCUACACCAAUUAUACUCCCUCCAUUACCACCUUUAUUUCCAGUUCUGUCACCACCAGCAACGCCUACUCCAGUUCCAAUCCUACCUCCACCUACUCCGGUGCUACCUCUUCCGCCACCAUUAUCUUCCUCUCUUCCAUCACCAUCCCCUCCAUUAGUGUUAUCUCCCCCACCACCACUACCUGGCGGCUCGGCUUCACAGCCACCGUUUAUGAUGGCACCUCCUCUUCUAGGCGGCGGUGCUCCGGGAUUCAUAAGUACACCUCCGCCGGUGCAAGACCUCCCUCCUAUUUUACCUCCGCCGGUUCAUGAUCUCCCUCCGAUUUUGCCUCCACCGGUUCAAGACCUCCCUUCAGCGUUGCCUCCACCGGUUCAAGACCUCCCUUCACUAUUUCCUCCACCGGUUCAAGAGUUCCCGCCUAUUCUGCCACCACCGGUUCAAGACUUUCCACAGAUUUUACCUCCACCGGUUCAAGAAUUUCCACCGAUUCUACCACCACCGGUUCAAGAGUUUCCACCGGUUUUCUCAACACCACCGAUCGUACAAGAUCCACCGACAGAUCCAAUAUUCUCAACACCACCAGCUCUUGGAGAAUUCCCACCGCAAGCUCCCGUCUUCACCACGCCGCCAGAAGUAACAAAUCCAUGGCUACCGCCAGAGCAACCGCCGGUUACGUCCAUCCCAACCAUACCGGAAAAUCCAAUUCCAAACCCGGACAUGGGUUCAAAUCAGCCGUUGGUUCAGCUUCCUCCACCCUCUUGGGAUUCACCACCAUUUAAUCGUUAACUUUCUAUAAAAUCUUCAAAUUAUCUUCUUCUUUUUUUUUGUUAAAUCAUAAAUAUGUAACGUAAA